GUCUUUGGCGCUUACUGUAAAUUUAUUGAACCUCUGCGUCUUCAUUUCCUUUCGAGCAUGCUUUCACGUAUAUCAGAGGCUUUGGGAUGCCCCCGAUCCAAAGGAGACUCUUCCACCAGCACUGUACCUGAUGAUCCAUCCUGGUUGUCGCAGUCUGUGCAGCAUCAUUUUUUCAGUUUACCCACACCAGUUCUACAAGAAAUCUUGCAAACUAUGUGCAUUUCACGUUGCCAUGAGUCGAGCCAGUUUUUCUUCGAUGUGUUAUCACCUGACUACCAUGUUCAAGACAAUGAUAAGAAUCGCACGCCUUGGUCUGUAGUCCACACCUCACGUCUUCGUUACAACGCGGCAGAGCAACUGCUGAAGGAAGCGGAUUACAAGCGCGACGCACUCAUUCAAGAGCUGCGAGCUUUAUCAGCUCAUUCCACUGAAAAUUUUGACUCUACAUUCUCUACUUUCAUCGAUCUACUCACUCCUCUAAUGACAGAUAAAUCUCCAAAUUCAUCUGAUAUCCCGGAAGACGAUGUAUUGAUUCUAUUUGGGGUGCCUGCAAGCAUCUUCCAGUUGCUCCUAUGUGUCCCAUCCAUUUCUUCACAGUUAACCGACUUAAUCCUGGAACUGGUGGCAUGCUCAUCUGUCCAUUCCCAACGGUUGCUUCAACAAUUUCGUCAACCCGUUGGUCUGAACGCGAUGUUUAAUAGCAAACACACUUUUCAGGAUACAGCGACGCGAAUGCUGCAACUGUUUCAAGUUGUACCUGAUUCGGACGUGCAAGCUUUGAUUUUAACGAUUUUGCCCGAUUUGGCAUCCUCACCUUCUAACAGUGCAUCUUCGGACGAAGAUCGUAAUGCUCUUUUUCUGCAGCUGCUUGACCUGUUGCCUACAGUUCCAUCUCAGCCGCCGACAUCUUAUGCAGAGGGUCCUGAUCCAACCAAUUGCCUCAUUGAGUGUCUGACUACUUUUUCCACGGACACGGCCCUCCUCACUCAGUUGCAGGAUGCCUGCCUUGGUUUGCUCAAUCGGUGCUAUGGUGAGCAGACAUUCCAUACUUACCUUCCUACAAUCAUCCGGUGUCUGAUCAUUGAUGCUCCCACAUCUACACGCGAACCCACUGCGCUAUCCCUAUUUGCUAAACGCCUGCGAGCUUGUUUUUCGUUUCCAAAAAAUCUCACGAAUCUCUCUCUCAAGACUUCUAUCGAACGUAAUUUGGUUCAAUUACUGCGCCUUACAUUCCAAUUUAACAAGAAUUUCAUGAAUGAAUGGAUGCGAUCAAUCAACACCUCCACCAUCACUGAAUCCAGUCCAUCUGAAAAUGAUUUGAAAUUAUUCCAUUAUCAAGCGGUUCAGGACUUUCUGGUUCUUUGUGUGAUCUACAGCGUUGCCGAUGCAAAUGUCAGCGGGUCCAAGAACUUAUCACAGGUGACCAAAACUGGCUGCUUCAUGCUACAAGGCUCUUCGAGUGAGGCAACUCAACUAACUCGUCUGCAGAAGGAAGCUGUAGUGCUACUAAGGCGCUUAGUACUGAAUGGGAGACUGUUUCCUGAGUCACUUCAACAUAGGCUUGUAAAAGAAUUUUUCACUCGUCAUGGGUACUUAUUGAUGUCGGAAGAAAAUUGUCUUUUCACUCCCUUUUUACACUUUAUUGAUUACGUACUCAUAACCACAAGGUUCGGCGCUUCUGCGCCAACUGCGUCCAUCCGCAGGUUGUGCUUGUUAUUAUAUGUGCACUCUUUUUGCGCUAGUUCGUGCACUACAAUUCAACGACAGGAAAUUGUAAUUCGCUUGGCUCGUCAUGGUCUAUCUGGACUCCAUAGUUCCACCUCACGGGGGACAGCGUGCCUUAUGAAGUCAAAUGUUGUCGCCGAAGCGGGUCUUACCGCCCUGCUGUGUUUGACCCAAAGAGAACCACAAAACUUGGUGAAAUUUGAGUCAACUCUGUUUAAUUUGUUGGAACACUUGGUGCAGUUUGCUAUCUCACUCAGUUCUGAAUCCUCGGAGGCUUCCAUAAGGAUUAGUUCAGAAUUCUCAUCUCUGUCACAACGCGUGCGGCGAACGUUCCUCAUCCUGUCUUGGGUUGCAUUUUGCUCUCGUGAACACAAGCCAGUACAGGAAAAACUCCUUGGCUUUAUUCGCGCAAAACUCUCCUCCUCGUGUUCUACUGCUAAAGCGCUGAGUCUUCUCGGCACUGUGAUCGUUUUGGAAACCAUCUGUCGUUCCCGAUUUCCUGAUCUUCUUUGCACAAGCAAAAGGCAUGCAUGCCCCGCAUCCACACAGUUGGAAGAUUCCGUUGUGCUAGCCAGCCAACUCUCUCAUGUUGAUGUGGACCGUACCAGCGUGUCCGCCACAAGCAGAUCCAAUAGUAUCAGCUGUCUGAGCCUUCGAGGUCCAGGGACAAGCUUGGCAGAUGAUCCUGCUGAGGUUCAACUUGUCUCAGAGGUUACUGACGAUGAUUCCCCUAGCAGUCUGGACAAAUCAAGGGCUAUAACCCCACCGUCUAGACUACUGCUGCAAAUAAUCGGACUGGCUGAACGCGCCAUCGCUCCUUGGCCUCAACUGAAGUGCGUAUUUUUGGGAGAAUUGCAUUCCAGCUUCUGCCGAUUGUCCCAAUGGAUCAACAUCUGCGAUCAGUCCACUUCUCUUGGGGACGGAAGCGAUGGAUCCGAUUCCAAAUGGCUUUUUGAUUCACCUUCAAGCGAUCAAGCUCUAAGACUGCUUAGGUGGAUGGGCGCUCGCGUCAUGCGAGAUUUUCAAGACUACUUUGUUUUCGACAACUCACCAUUCGACGAAUAUGUAACUGAACUCAACCUGAAUGACCCUACCAUGUGCGAGAUAUCUGUCGGCAUUGGACCCUCUUGGAAUCGUUAUCGCUCGGAACUGUUUAAUCGCGGUCCCCAUCUCUGUACUGCACCAGGAGAGUCUUCUAACGCUGCUGCUCCACUCUUGGCUCCAUCCCUACUAACUCUGUUGGCAACAGUUGAGAGUAUUAAACGUCGUGGCAAACUUGACGCACUUGAUGCGCUUCUUGGCUGCCCCAUCCUACUUCGUGUGGUCGAUCCGGGCGAACUGGUGAUUCACGAGCGAUUUCUCCGCCUGGGCCCAAGUCCAGAUGAACCUCAACUGCUCUUGUUCAUCAUCAAUUGGAUGAUUGAAGCGGUGAACGUUUUUGCACCCUAUCUCAUGGCACACCAGGAAGAAGAUGCUGCUGUUUCGUCCACAUCAGCAGAACGUUUCUCCACAGGUUACCGCGCGCGGAAAUUGCAUCGCAGCGUCGCAUUAGAUCGCCUUCAACAGUUGGUUCGAUUGCGGCAGCAGCUGUACUGCUGUCUCGUUGAAAUGUCUCAACGUGACAGGAAACUGGCAAGCGUUGUCCAGAACAACGAUAUUAUGGGCUUUACGAAGCUAUCCAACAUCUGCAUUCCAACGGCUUUCUAUGAACCUGGGAAAGCCUACAAUACACACCCAUCCACGGGGCUGUCCGCAGCGUCUGCUUCCGGUCUAAGCUGCUUUGCUUGUGGCAUUCAUUUGAGUUGUUCGGCCCCGAAAGAAGGGGCCACGGGUAACCAGAAGGGUUUGGCGAAUGUGUCUAAGUCCAAAUGUGCUGCUUCCAAGCGGACCACUACCGGCAGCAGUAAGCGAGCAACCACCUCCUGCUCAACUGGACGUCGCGGUAAGAAAACCACCAAGCGUCGUAAGACCCAUUCUUUGGAGGAUGAUAACGAGGAGGAUAAUCUCUCUAUUCCUGUCGACGACGAGCUGUCAAGCCUAUCCAGCGGGUCGCAUUCCGAGGCAGCUCGGGAAUCUGAUGACGACGAAGGCAGUGGGCUGCAAGAUACAAUCGGCGAGGAAUUGCAUGACAAAGUGGGGUCGUCCAAGUGGGUGGCUGGGAAACAUAAGCGAGGCAAAAUCACCGGGCCCGUGUCGCCAAACCUGAUGGAAUUGGGUUCCUGUUUUCGGGAGUUAGAUAUUUCUUCGUUGGCCCUUGGUUUGGUUUCCUGGCCGUGGUCACUUUCGGCCGAAGCAAGGAAUAUCAACCAAGACCCCUGUGAACUGAGCUGGCAAACCUUACUGUGGCUGUUAGAGGAUGCAACAUCGAAGUUGGAACACGUGUCACACAUACGCCCUGUUUCCCAUCCCGGUUGGUUUGCUUUUGCGCGCUUGGACAAUUUGAAGCCCACCGUUCGAUCGAACUUCUUCCUCUGUGUUGCUUCAUGUCUUCCACGCAUUCUCCAAAAAGCCGUCGACUACAUGAGAGGUGAUCAUUCGAUGGGCGGUGAACUUAACUGCAGGUCAUCCACUUUUGAUGAAGUGCCGCCCGAUCCGCAUCCAUCCAAUUGCCCUGCCACCUCGAUAUGCAAAGAACCGCUUGAGAAAACUGGUCGCUGUGUGGAUCCAGAGGUCGACCUGGGAGUGGUAGUGUCAAAUUGCCUGUGCACGUGUCUUCACUUGUUGUGGCUUCUUUGUGGCGGAUCGAGCAGCCAAAACGCAAUGGUGGUGGUAGUUGUUCCAAAGUACACUGCCUCGCAAUCGACUGAGCCGUUUACUUUGGAUCAUCUUUCCGAACAGUCUAUCCACCGGUUGGCAUCGUCCUGCAAACAUCCCGGUGACCAGACGCAAUCGUGUAACCUCUAUAAAGGCGGCGCUAUGUUUAUGGAUCCGAUAGAGGACCUGUCGUUGGAGCACGAGGCAUUCGCUGAUUCUCCCAAAGAUCCCUCCUUACUCAGCGCGAGUCUGCACACACUAAUGGAUUGGUUAUUAACAAUUGCUCCGUCUGGUUUGCCCCAUGCGACUGCGGCGUUCCUGCACUGCCGACUCAUGUAUCAACUCACGGAAACCUACAUUCAUUCGGUUGUUUCAUCACGUGGUGCGUUUUCCGAAGACACAUGGCUACCGGAUUUAUUCUCCUACUCCAAGUCCCUGUUGCAGACCGAAUGGGAUCCGACUGUUCGAUGGAGAGGCCACACGUUCCGCGAUAGUCUUCAAGGCUUGCUAUCGAUGCAUCUGCGCAUUUGCCCCAAUUUCACUAAAUCUGUUCGAUCAAACACGAAUAUACUAUCUCCAACUUUUCUGCUGGAUUUCACUCGGGGUCUCAUUUUGCCUACGGUACGCCGAUAUCAUGGCCGUCAGCCCGAUGAUCGCGAACAAACUGCCUCUGUGCCUUGGAACGAGUACAAAGCGCUCAGCGAACAGACAGUGGAUGUGUUUUGUCGUGAAGUGAUGAACUCCGUUCUAUGGAUGACCAAACAACUGUGCUCGACCGAGACAUCUGCUGAUGCUCGUGAUGAAGACAACGAAUGUUUACUGCUAUCCAACUGGAAUGAAUGUGUCGUCAUCCUCGGAUUGUUAGUAAAUGUUCUUCAAUUGUCCCGACGCAACAGUGACCGUGGACGCGAAGUUGCAGACAGUAACCAAAACACUCGGAUUAUGACGAACUUCUUACCUAGUAUGAUGCGCACUUGUCGCUUAUUCCUACAAUCUCUUCUCAAAGGAGCUAUGCCGGUGCUCAACAGCCUAUUUCGCCAGCGCGGUGUUGAAGUGGUGACCUUCUUGAAGAAUGUUCAAACUCUGACUCGAUUUUUACAGCGUGUGUGCACACAUGCCAAGGCGCACAGAGAAUCGCAGCUGACCAAUCAGAUUCCAACCACUCGACGUUGCUUAGAGACGUUUGUUUACCGGGUCAAGGUGAUGCUUUCGCAACAUCGAUGCGCCGAGGCAUUCUGGUUGGGAACAUUGAAAAACCGUGAUCUUCAUGGAAUGGAAGUUCCUGACGACAUCGCAGACUCUCAUGAGUCAAGUCAGACUAUUUGUUCGUCGAACGCAAUUGCACCCCCGCCCAGACCAGCCGCCAGACGUAGUCGAUCACAAUCGUUACCUGGGGAGUAUCUGGGCACGACACCCGAGUCUGAAUUGGACAGUGAAUCCGAGUGCGGCGUUGACGAUGAAUCUGUGGUGGCCCGCGUUGAACCAGCCAAUUUGGAUGAAGAGGAGGAGGAGGAAGAGGAAGAAGAAGAAGAAGUGUGUGAUGCUGGUGAAGAUGAGUCCGAUCCAGAUGGCGACCUCAUUGAACCGAGUGACACUGAACCCUACUGAAUGUUCAGUGAUUCAGCUACGAUUCUCAAAUAUUUACUACCGUCAGAUGUCUAUAUUGAAUAUAUUUUUCUAACUCAAUAAUGCGGCUUUACAUGCCUAUUUUUAUGUCCU